GUUGAAAUGAGUCAGUCAACUUUACAGCAUUUUUGAAUAUCCAACCAGUAGAUUAUUAGAGUUUGACUAGGAAAGACGUCUUGAUAAACCAGCCAAACAAGACAUUUUAAUAUUCGAUCAUUGACAAUUUUAUCAACUAUAAUGACCGGCGAUGGCAAACUCUUAGCUUAAUGAUCGGCGAUUUACCGGGCUUAUUUAUAAGAAAUGACUGCCUUUAUUGGACUGCACAUUGGUGCAGGAUAUCAUUCUGUAAAAAAGGAAAACCAGUACAAAACGCUAUGCAAUAAAGCCUGUCAAGCGGCAAUGGAGAUUUUAAUUGCUGGAGGCGACUCGCUGCAGGCUGCUGUUGAGGCGACAAAAGUCCUCGAGGACUCGGUGCUAACGAACGCUGGCAGAGGGGCGAACCUGACUCUGGACGGUAAUGUCGAAUGCGAUGCUUGUGUCAUGGAAGGCCGUUCUAUGAGGUUCGGCGCAGUCGGGGCUUUGCCUUCCAUACUAAAUCCGAUCACCGUCGCCCGAGCGCUGUGCGAAAGCCAAAAGAAAAGACUGUCACUCGGAAGAAUACACCCUUGCCUUCUCGUAGGCCAAGGUGCACUUCAAUUUGCUGCAGAAUGCAACAUCCCUCAGGCGAACCCAACACAGAUAAUAUCUGAAAAAUCAAAAAGGAUAGUCAAAAAGUAUAAAGAUCAACUAGAAUCUUCAAACAUUGAGGAAGCAAUCGCAUGGCAGAAAGUCGACACAGUAGGAGCUGUAGCUGUAGACUUGACAGGCACAGUUUCUUCUUGCUGCUCCAGUGGCGGAGUCCUGUUGAAAAGGAGCGGCCGAGUUGGUCAGGCUGCUAUUUAUGGCUGUGGAUGCUGGGCUGAAAACGGCUCCCAGUGUAACACAGUCGGCGUGUCCAUUUCCGGUACGGGAGAAGAUAUAAUAAAGACGACGCUGUCAAAAGAAGUCGCCAGAUCACUCAAGACAAGCGAUUUUCCCGUCUUGAGCCUCGACAAAUGUCUUAACCAGACAUUUUUAGAAUCACCGUAUUUGGGUAAUGAUUGUACGAGAAUUUGCGGAGUCAUUGCGGUCCUGUACAAAGAAGGAUCGGGGGAAUUUCUCUGGGGACAUACAUCGCAGUCCUUCGGAAUUGCUUACAUGUCUUCAAAACAAAAAAAACCAAUUGUGAGGAUCAGUCGUCUUCCCAAGAAUGUUAAACCAGGAACAAAAGUCAGUAUCGAAGGAGUCACUUGGUGACGAAAGGGAAUUAAUCCGUUCCAAAAUGGUAAAAAUGUUCAAAAUUGCUAAAUCGGAUUUUUUAUCAACUUUUCCCCCAAUUUAAUGUUAUUAUUUAUAAUUCAUUAUACAUAUGUAAUAAACCUUGUGUAUGUGAGGGCGCAGCUGUAAAAUCUGAGUGAUAAUUGAUAAAUGUACUUAAUAUUAAUAAAUUGUAAGGGUUGGAUACAAAUAUUUAGAUCUAAACAAAAAAGUGUUUUAUUUACAUGUUGCCAUAAUUUAAGAACGAAAACUUGUAUUUCUUAUAAACAUUUAUUUAAAAAACUUGUAUUUCUUAUAAACAUUUAUUAAAAAAAAAAAAAAAAU